GCAAAAAGGGGGAGCCUGAUGUCGAGGAGUCAGCCCUAUGUAUAUCUCUCUAUACGCCUCAACUUUUAACACAAAGUUCAAUAUCCAAACACAAAAAGCGACGUGGACUACGCAGACCCACACUUUGCUUUUCCGCAUUUUCCCUGAAUGUAACAUCUUGGACCAUACACCGGCUGCGUGAGCCGCUUUUAAACGUGGAUUUUGUUUCUCUCUUGGGUUUAUUUGUCAACUCUUUAAUUGUUUUUCUACCUCCGAGUUAAUUUUUCUGACUUUCUUGUGAUCUGAGGAGAAGCGUGUCACUGUUGUUAUGAAGGCUUCUUCUCUCCUUUCUUAACAUGGAAGCAUCCAGCGGGUCGAGUUUUGGGAUAGACACUAUUUUAUCCGGCGCGUCAAACUCUGGUAACCCCGUGCUAAUGAACGGAGACUUUCGGCUCAGCGACAGCAGGACAGCGGAUUUCAGGAGCCAGGCGACCCCGUCACCAUGCUCGGAGAUAGACACUGUGGGAACGGCGCCCUCAUCCCCCAUCUCGGUCACCAUGGAGCACUCCGCCGACUCGCAUCUGGUCCAGGACAGCCUUCAGCAUCACCACCACCUCCACAACCAGGCGCAGGGUUUGCCGCUGUCGCCGCAGCAGCCGCUCGCCGGGGCCGGCUGCGCCCCGAGGACUGCCACCUCCUCGUUUCUAAUCAAAGACAUUUUAGGGGACAGUAAACCACUGGCAGCCUGCGCACCUUACAGCACCAGUGUAUCCUCACCACAUCACACACCAAAACCAGAAAGUGCCACGGCUCCGGACGGCUUCAGGCCCAAGUUGGAACAAGAUGAAAACAGAAGCAAGUUGGACAAAAGAGACGAUAUACACAGUGAAAUGAAAUGCAACGGGUCUUUAGAAGAGGGAGACCGAGAGAUCUCGAGCAGCAGAGACAGUCCUCCGAUGCGCACGAAAAAGCCUCGUAAAGCACGGACAGCUUUCACCGACCACCAACUCAACCAGCUGGAGAGGAGCUUCGAGCGACAGAAAUACCUCAGCGUGCAGGACCGCAUGGACCUGGCCGCGGCUCUCAACCUGACAGACACACAAGUCAAGACCUGGUACCAAAACAGACGGACGAAGUGGAAGAGGCAAACGGCGGUGGGAUUAGAGCUCCUGGCUGAAGCAGGAAACUACUCGGCCUUACAGAGAAUGUUCCCGUCGCCAUAUUUCUACCACCCGAGCCUGCUUGGCACUGUGGACAGCACGACGGCAGCCGCGGCGGCCGCAGCCAUGUACAGCAGUAUGUACCGGACUCCUACUACACCGCAUCCCGGCCUCCAGAGACCUCUGGUCCCGAGGGUGCUCAUUCAUGGCCUUGGGCCGGGGGGGCAACCGGCACUAAACCCCCUCUCUAACCCCAUGGUCGGCACACCGCAUCAGCGAUAAAAGACGAAAAAAGACGAGCAAAGACGAUGACCAGAUACCUGGUUGAACACGUGAUGUGAGUAACUGCAUCGGAUCCACAUUGCAGGACUUUUUCUCUCCCCCCCUAAAGACACAUUUAAAGACAUUUUACAGAAGUAAAGGAGCUAUUUAAUAUAGGCCCAGAUAGCCUAAAAGCCCAGUCCUAUAAAGACUGAUUCUGUCCGGGCCGAGACAGACUCCAGGACUGCUCAUGUCUGAUUGUUUGUUUGUUUGUCUUUUGUACAAAUACACUUACAUUAGCAAAUAAACUUAUAAAGUUUAUUAGAUGGAGAAGAACGGAAUGAAUAAAGAAGCAAUGAUACUAA